UAGACAAUGGGAGUCCGAGGAUCGAAAUUUCGAAUAAACCCAUUACAAGUCAUAUGUUACAGACAAAAAUUCGAGAAAACAUUUUAUAAUUCAUUGGCAAACAUUUGUAAUUUUUUACCCAAAAUUAGUAUUAUCUUAAAAAUGGUUACACUUUAGUGUGUUACCCCAGUUUUUAUGUCUUACGUCAAAACUUUUUGGGUAGUUGAUCGGUGCAGUUCUGUGUGGGACACUGAAUUCUACAUGGUGUUUAAGCUGUGUAAUAUUAAUGGUAACAUAGGAUAUUACACAGAGUGCAGAAUUAUUCUUUUAGGUUCUAUCACACUCUGCUGCAGAUUUGUGGUGGAGUGCUCGUUUGGUAGGUCAAGGCAUGAUUUCAGAAAGUUCUGAUGGUAUCCAUCUGCCAAAGAAGACUCUCACACAUAUUACACAGAUUCUACUCAACAUGUACUGUAAUGAUUAUAUGAACUUCAAUGAUGGUACGUGUUGUAGCUCUGUUGAACAAAGGACGACUUUGCAGAUUGUAACCUUCUCCAUAUUAGCUCUUUGGUAAGUUUGGGUGAAAUAGAUACUUUGACUACUUCGGCAGCUUUGCCGCACUAGACGGACAGUAUGUUAAAAACACGCUCGGUAAUUAUUGUAUAUCUGUUCUACAAGUCGUGAAUUUCCUUUUCUGAAACAGCUACACUUGAAGCGAUGAAACAACACCAAAAAAGUAGAAAAAACCAAGUUGCUUAAUCAAGGUUUAUUUCAUAAGACACUUCAAGUACUGUCCUGUAACAUGAUGAUAUAAUUACUGUCGUCGUGUGAUUCAGAAACCAAUUAUAAAUGAAGCCGCAGAUAUCGCAGUUUUGAGAUACGUAACACUUGACAACACCCAAAACACUCGUGGACACUUCUUCAGGAUUUAAACGAUCAAAAACAGUACAAAGAAUUUUGAAAGACAAUAAAUUUCACCCGAUAAAACUUGUCCAGGAGCCUAAAGAAGGCGAUUUUGACACAAGGUUGGAGUUUUGCGAAUUAAUGUCCCAACGUUUAAUCAACAAUGCAAAUCUGUUAUUUAAUAUUUGUUUCUCGGAUGAGUGUACGUUCUAUUUACAUGGUGCUGUAAAUAGGCGUAGUUGUCGAUAUUGGAGUGACUCGAAUCCACAUUUGUUUCGAGAGGUACACUCCCAAUAUCCUGAAAAAAUAAUUGUGUGAACUGGUAUUUUCGGAAAUUAUAUUGUAGAACCUUUCUUUGUUCCUGGAAACUUGUCAGGCGAGACGUACUUGGACAUGUUAGAGAAUUCAAUAGAGCCAUGAAUUACCGAAAUGAUAGAAAAUGACGUUAAUUAUAAUGAAAAUUACAUUCAUUUCCAACAAUAUGGUGUACCGCCGCACUAUGUGGCUCCAGUACGACAAUUUUUGGACACCCAUUUCCCGAACCAGUGGAUCGGUAGACGAGGCCCCAUCGAGUGGGCGCCGAGAUCUCCGGACCUAAGCUCUUUAGAUUAUUUUCUUUGGGGGCAUUUGAAAAGUAAAGUACGAAGCCAGAUUCCAUUCAUCUCCGUCAGCGGAUUACGGCUGAAUGUAGGCAAAUAACUCAAGACAUGCUUGGAAAUGUGAGGAAGGGAUUCGAAGAAAAUCUUUAUUAUUGCAUGGAGCGUUAUCAUCGCAUGUUUGAUCAUCGUCCGACGAGAAGUCUUGAAAUGUAGAGGUCAACCAGUGCACGAGUACCAAAGGCUUCCAGAAAACGAAAUUCAACCACAACUACCCGCUCCAAACAAUUAUUAUGAUUUCUUCAAAGCAAUGGCCAAGCUAGCACUAAUAGUAGCUUACUUUUUUGUGUGUGACCGGACAAGUUUUUUCAUGAAGGAAAAUAAAUAUUAUUCGGAGUUCAGUUUCUGGUUACCCAUUGGGUAUUUGGCAGUGUUGGGAAUAUUUUUUACAGAAGACAGUAAGUACACUAAGGUACUUCACCGAGAUCAAUUGAACGAAUGGAAAGGUUGGAUGUUAUUAGCGAUAUUAGUGUAUCAUGUAACAGGAGCUAGUAGAGUCUUGGUGAUUAACAUGCAUAUCAAAGUUUUGAUAUCUUCAUAUUUAUUUUUGUUAGGGUAUGAACAGUUUUGCUACGUGUGGUAUAGAAAUGAUGUGAGCAUCGUCAGUUUCUUCCGAGUACUGUUCAAGCUCAAUUUUUUCACAGUAACUCUAUGUCUGUGCAUGAACAGACCAUACCAGUUUUAUUAUUUCGGGCCUUUAUUGUCUUUUUGGUACUUAAUGAUAUACUGUUUUCUAGCUUUUCCACCACAUAUCACUGCUCAGACUUCUGACAGUAACGUGAUGCAGUAUUUUUAUCUUCUCAUUAAGUUCAUCUGUUUUUUCAGUGUGAUUACAAUACUGUUUAUGUCAGAGGUAUUUUUCGAGAAAAUUUUUGUUACUCGCCCUUGGAAGGCGUUGUUUGUAACCACAGACGAUGACAUCCAUGAGUGGUGGUCUCGAUGGAAGCUAGACAGAUAUUCUUCAAUGUAUGGUAUGAUGUUUGCUGUAAUAAUGGUUUUAGCACGACGAUUCAACAUAUUCGAUGACAACAAUCAUUCCAAUCUCUUCUCAAGAGGUAUAGCUUUAAGCUCAACUUUGACGGCAUUGAUAGGCAUAGGUUCCUAUAUCACAUUCUCAUUUUUGUGUAGGAAUGAAUUAGAUUGCAGUGAAAUACAUUCCUACAUAGCUUUCAUUCCUAUUGUAAGCUACGUUUUGCUGCGUAACAUUUCGGGUGUGCUGAGGACCAGAUAUUCUAGUAUGUUUGCUUGGUUUGGAGAAAUUUACACUGAGUUAUUCAUCAGUCAGUACCAUAUCUGGUUGGCUGCGGAUACGAAUGGUGUUUUAGUUUUGAUACCAGGAUACCCUGUUUUAAAUGUGAUAAUAACGUCUUACAUUUUUGUUUGCAUCUCUCACGAGAUUCAUAAUAUAACCAAAGUAUUACUUUUGUAUGCUGUUCCAAAUGAUUUGAAAUUAGUUUUAAGGAACUUUAUUUUGUUUUUGGCAAUUUUAGUGCCUAUUGGCAUCAAUGACGGGAUGUUUUAAGUACUCUAUACUUUAUAUGUGUGAUUUGUCUUUAUAUAUUUGUGAUAUUUAUUUUUACAAGUAAUUUAAUAUAGUUUUGAAAGGUA